AUGAAGGCUCUCCCAACUCUCCUCACUCUGGGGCUCCUCCUGCUUUCCAUCACAGUCCAGGGCAUGGUCCUCCACCGAUGUUUUGUAGCCAGAACUCUACGAAGACUUGGACUAGAUGGCUUCAAAGGAAUCAGCCUGGCGAAUUGGAUCUGUUUGGCUAAGUGGGCGAGUGGUUUUGACACAAAAGCUACAAAAUACAACCAUGAAGACGGAAGCACCAACUAUGGGAUAUUUCAGAUUAAUAGCCGAUACUGGUGUAAAGACAACAAAACCCAAGAAUCAAAGAACUUUUGUCGGGUGUCCUGCGAAGAUUUGCUGAACAAUAACAUCAAGGCUUCCGUAGCUUGUGUGAAGAGGAUCCUGAAGGAUCCACAAGGAAUUACUAUAUGGGAGGCAUGGAGGAACAACUGUGCAAACCAAAGGCUCUUUCCGUACCUUCUGGGCUGCGAUCUAUAA